AAUGAGCUGCCUCAGCACAAGAUCGCAUGAUACACAAUUCAGACUUGGUUUUGCACACAGUUAUUGUAGACUGCAAAGGUAAUCAAAAUUGCCUAGAACGUUCAACCAACCAGCUCAAAUUCCAACUUCAAUUCAAUCGCCACCAGUCCAGUCCCGACCUUCGUCCAGAUCAGCCAUGACCGCGUCCGUAGUCCUCAACCCCGUCGCAGAUCUUCUUCCGGCCAAGCUGUGGUGCCGCGUGUUCCACUACCUGACCGUGGUGCAACUCCGCCGCGUCCGGUUGACCUGCGCCUACUGGAAACGAUUAGUAGACGGUGAUUCCGCGCUGAUGGAGCGAGUCACGCUGAGAUUCCCCAACGGGACCAACAUUGACGCGAAGUUCCGACCGAAUUGUGUUCCACCCGCGGCCCGCGGCACCAAGUUCUACGCGUGCAAGAUCAGCUCCGUUGAGCCGUGGUGGCCCGAGAUCGGCCGGAACUUGACCGGGUUGAGUCUCGAGCGUUGUUUCGUGCCGAUUUCGACGCUACUGGGCAUGCUGCGUCGGACGCCGAACUUGAAGCGGCUCGUACUCGACGGUGUUAAGCAUCCGCCAUUUUUUGCGAGCACCGUCGUCGACUUCCAGCUGGAACAGCUCGAAGAGCUGACGCUGCUCAACGUGGCGGAUCCCGAGCUGCUGAACCUGUUUUGCAAGCUGCGGUCGCCGCUGAAGAAGUUGGCGUUCAACUGCGCAGUCCCGACCGGAACGUCGUGUAAAAUGUCACCCGAAUCACUCAUCCGGGCCGUGAAGGACACCGAGGGCACGCUGGAAGAGCUGCGAGCUUCGUUCGAUGCGCCCCUCAUGGAAGCCCUGUCGACGAUGGGACGGCUGCGGUUGAAACGCGCCGCCUACUCGUGGGGCCGGGGCGUAGCGCCAGUUUUGGGAUUCUGCAAGUUGCAGCCGGCGCUGGAGGAGUUGGACAUUUCCGAGCUGUCGGCGACGGAUUUGACCUUCAACGAAAUUGCCACCCUGCUGCCCAAACUGCGGCGUCUCUCGGUGCGGUUCGAGUGGGAAUCGACGGCGCUUGUACCGUCAUUUCUGGACGCCAUCCCGCAACUGGAGGCCGUUUCCAUGGAGGGACCGUUGCACUUCAAGGGUACGCAAAAGAUCACCAAGCUGGGCACGUUCCACUGUCCGGCACUUCGGGAGUUUCGACUGAACUCCUUCAAGAUACCCCUCGGUGAUAUGUGCCAGUUUUUCACGAACAAUCCCCAAAUUACGAGCGUUACCUUGGACCAAUGCAAGUUUGGCCGGUGGACAGACCUUUUGGGGGCCCUGAAGCGGCUGCCAAAUCUUCAGCGAUUGAAACUGCACAAAGUUUGGACGCCGAACUGGAACGACCCCGCCGAACUCGACGCCAGUAAUCUGAAGUACUUGGAAUUGACCUUCAUGGACAUCCCGGAAGCUGCUCUCAUCAAACUGUUAAGCUAUCUGCCAAAACUAGAACAACUCGACGCACAGUUUGUAAAGUUCCUGAACGAUCGCGUCGUGCACAAAUUCUGCCAACGACUGCCAAAGCUAACAAAACUAACGAUCCGCAAAUGUCCAAUUUCCGACACCUCGCUGCACCACAUUAACCUGCACUGCAAAUCCCUGGAGCAGCUGGACUUGUGCCAAACUUCCGGGCUGUCCCAGCAGGUCGUGAAUCAGCUCAAGAGCCGCGUUGAAAUCGUACGCUUCCAGCCGGAACCGGAUCUCGCGAGCAAAGUGAAAGAAUGGACGCUGAUUUCGGUGUGCUUGGUGCUGCUUUACUUCAUGUUCCAGUGGUACGGAUUCGUGGGAAUUGCAGUCGUUUUGCCGGUGUUUUUUGUGCUAGAGUUGCUGAAGUGAAUGAGAAGAACGUAAUUUUUAAAUUCAUUUGAAUAAAUUCA